CGCCUUAUAAACCAAUUUACUACGUUCACUGAGCUGUGCUUAUAAGCGGAAGAACCCAAUAGAAAGAUUCAAAAAGCUCAACCUACCAGAUUUAGUGCGGUUCCGUCAUAUUCUAAGGACGCUACCUUAACUAAUACAGCCAUCUAUCUUAGAGCUGUCUUGAUCUCCAACACAACCUCUUCUUUCCAUAAAUUCUUACCAAAACAUCCAUUCUUCCGGAAAGUUCAAUCUAUCUUUCAUCCACCUCUUCUUUCUUACUUUGAUAAAGUUACUUUCAAUAUUGAACUCUAUCACCAUUUGAAAGGACAAUCUACAAACAUAUCGGAAUAUUCGUUACGACUGUCAAGGUCAACUUUAUCAAAAUGUCUGCUGAACCCGACCACGUCGAGCACAAGAAGAAGGUCAAUCUCAAUGAUGCAUCUGGUGCUGAGCACAAAGCCAAUGAUGACACUGCAACCGCUAUCUUAAAGAAGAAGAAGAAGCCAAACUCGUUGAUGGUUACUGAUGCUAUCAACGAUGAUAACUCUGUUAUUGCUCUCUCCAACAAUACUAUGGAAACUUUACAAUUGUUCCGUGGAGAUACCGUUUUAGUCAAGGGAAAGAAGCGCAAGGACACUGUUCUCAUUGUUCUUGCUGAUGAUGAUCUCGAUGAUGGAAGCGCACGUAUGAACCGUGUUGUUAGACACAACCUCCGUGUUAAGCACGGUGACGUUAUUACCGUUCACCCAUGUCCGGAUAUCAAAUAUGCCAAGCGCAUUGCAGUCCUCCCUAUCGCUGACACUGUCGAAGGUCUCACCGGAUCUUUAUUUGAUGUUUUCUUAGCACCAUAUUUCCGCGAAGCCUACAGACCUGUACGACAAGGCGAUCUUUUCACAGUUCGUGGUGGUAUGAGACAAGUUGAAUUCAAGGUUGUUGAAGUCGACCCUCCCGAGUACGGAAUCGUAGCCCAAGAUACAGUCAUCCACUGCGAAGGAGAGCCCAUUCAGCGUGAAGACGAAGAAGGCAAUUUGAACGAGGUCGGAUACGACGACAUUGGAGGAUGCAGAAAGCAAAUGGCACAGAUCAGAGAGAUGGUUGAGUUGCCAUUAAGACAUCCCCAAUUAUUUAAGUCUAUCGGUAUCAAGCCUCCUCGUGGUGUUCUUAUGUUUGGUCCACCAGGUACUGGUAAGACACUCAUGGCCAGAGCCGUUGCAAACGAGACCGGUGCUUUCUUCUUCUUGAUCAACGGACCCGAGAUUAUGUCAAAGAUGGCCGGUGAAUCCGAAUCGAAUUUACGCAAGGCUUUCGAAGAGGCUGAGAAGAACUCGCCUGCGAUCAUCUUCAUCGACGAGAUCGACUCUAUUGCACCAAAGCGUGACAAGACCAACGGAGAAGUCGAACGUCGUGUUGUCUCUCAAUUGCUUACCCUCAUGGACGGCAUGAAGGCUAGAUCCAACGUUGUUGUCAUGGCCGCCACAAAUAGACCUAACUCCAUCGAUCCUGCUCUCCGUCGUUUCGGUCGUUUCGAUCGUGAAGUCGACAUUGGUAUCCCUGAUCCAACUGGUCGUCUUGAAAUUCUACAAAUCCACACCAAGAACAUGAAGUUGGGUGAUGAUGUUGAUCUCGAGCAAAUCGCCUCGGAGACUCACGGUUAUGUUGGUUCUGAUGUUGCCUCCCUCUGCUCCGAAGCUGCCAUGCAGCAAAUUCGUGAAAAGAUGGAUCUUAUUGAUCUUGAUGAAGAUACUAUCGACGCCGAGGUUCUCGACUCCCUUGGUGUUACCAUGGACAACUUCCGUUUCGCCCUUGGUGUUUCCAACCCAUCUGCUCUUCGCGAAGUUGCAGUUGUCGAAGUUCCAAACGUUCGCUGGGACGAUAUCGGAGGAUUGGAAGAGGUCAAGCGCGAGCUCAUCGAGAGCGUGCAAUACCCCGUCGAUCACCCAGAAAAGUUCCUCAAGUUCGGUCUUUCUCCAUCUCGUGGUGUCUUGUUUUACGGUCCUCCUGGUACUGGUAAGACCUUGCUCGCCAAGGCUGUUGCCAACGAGUGUUCCGCCAACUUCAUUUCCGUCAAGGGUCCAGAAUUGCUGAGUAUGUGGUUCGGUGAAUCUGAGUCUAACAUCAGAGAUAUUUUCGACAAGGCUCGUGCUGCCGCACCUUGUGUUGUUUUCCUUGAUGAGCUUGAUUCUAUCGCCAAGUCUCGUGGUGGGUCUAACGGCGAUGCUGGUGGCGCUUCUGACCGUGUCGUCAACCAACUUUUGACUGAAAUGGAUGGUAUGACCUCGAAAAAGAACGUUUUCGUCAUUGGUGCUACCAACAGACCUGAGCAACUUGACAACGCUCUUUGCAGACCUGGUCGUCUUGACACCCUUGUCUACGUUCCACUUCCUAACGAGAGUUCUCGUGCUGGUAUCUUGAAGGCACAACUCAGAAAGACCCCAGUCGCUGAUGAUGUUGAUCUCAGUUACAUUGCAUCCCGUACUCACGGUUUCUCUGGUGCUGAUUUGGGAUUCAUCACCCAGCGUGCCGUCAAGCUCGCCAUCAAGGAAUCUAUUUCUUUGGACAUCGAACGCCGCAAGGCUCUCGAGGCCGCUGGUGGUGAUGUUGACAUGGAGGAAGAGGAUGUUGAGGACCCAGUUCCAAAAUUGACCAAGGCUCAUUUCGAAGAGGCCAUGUCGCAAGCCAGACGAUCCGUUUCUGACGUUGAAAUCCGCCGAUAUGAGGCAUUCGCUCAGAGCAUGAAGAGCUCCGGGCCUGGAGCUUUCUUCAAGUUCCCGGAAGCUGGUGAGGCCGCCGAGGCUAACGGAGGAGGUGCUGGUGGAUUUGGUGAUGCUGGCAACGACGACAGUCUUUACGACUAAAUUUGUACUCUUAAUACCAUAUUUUAACGUCAUUUUACAGCAUACAUGAGGAGCUAACGAUUGGGAGGGCAUUUAGCCCGGUGGGCUUUGACGUAGAGUCUAGAGAUUUCUACAGAGCAAAGUUGCAUUCAUGACCCCUAAAAUUCAUUGUUUGAAGGGUUGGGAGAGAGGUAUGGAGAGUUUCAUUCAUGGCGAUAUGUGGCCAAGGUGGUGCCAUUAGCAUAGAAUACCUUAUAAAAACAUAUUUUGUUACAACUUGA